UCUCUCUCCCUCUGUGUGUGUAUACAUCUCUCUCUCCCUCUGUGUGUGUAUACAUCUCUCUCUCCCCCUGUGUGUGUAUACAUCUCUCUCUCCCUGUGUGGUGUGUGUGCAGGUGAUAGGCUAUGCAGCACAGAAGACUGUAUGCCCGGUACUGGGGUGUACCUACGACACGGCUACAUCUACUCCUCGCUAGCAGGCUACGUACUCAGGAAGAACGAAGGAGAGGAGCUACCAGUCAUCUCGGUGGUGAGAGAAACCGAGGCUCAGCUACUACCAGAUGUAGGAGCCAUAGUGACCUGUAAGGUGACCAGUAUCAACCCCAGGUUUGCUAAGGUUCACAUCCUCUACGUUGGUUCCACACCACUGAAGGACCGUUUUAGAGGAACCAUCAGGAAAGAAGAUGUACGAGCAACAGAAAAAGACAGGGUGGAGACGUAUAAAAGCUUCCGUCCUGGAGACAUCGUCCUGGCUAAAGUCAUCUCCCUGGGAGACGUCCAGUCCAACUACCUGUUGACCACAGCAGAGAACGAGCUGGGGGUGGUGGUAGCCCACAGUGAAGCAGGGGCCCAGAUGGUGCCUAUCAGCUGGUGUGAGAUGCAGUGCCCAAGGACACACGCCAAAGAGUUCCGCAAGGUGGCCAGGGUGCAACCUGAGUACCUGCAGGCCUGAGCAGGGACCAGUGGGCGGCGUGCACCCCUCACCUCUCCAGCCCCCCCAGCAGGGACCCCUUUCCCUUCCUCAAGGAACACACAGCUUCCCUUCCUCAAGGAACACACAGCUUCCCUAUCUCUGAUAGAGAGACAAACACACUCACACUUGGAUUGUGAACGAUGCAUUGUGUGUACAAAGGACCAAAAUAUUUUAGAGGUCAUGUACAGAUGCUUGGACAUGAUGCUUAUAUAGUACACGGGUCAUUGACCUGACACACACACACACAGAGCCGUAUGUUCAGGGGGGAUACCUCAACAGUAGAUUCCUCCCUCUACAACCUACAGCAAGGCAGCAUUUUUUCCCUCCAGGUUCUGGAGGGCUACAGUAGGUGC